AUGACGAUCAUUGCUCAGAUAUUGAUAUUGCUCUUGAUGUUCAGUGCGCUCAUCUUCACUACUUCAGUGAAUGAAGAAUUGCAAAAACUUGAAUGCACAGUUUGGGUUAGUUUCAUUUAGAUUUACCAUUGCUAAUUCUAAGCUGAACUGUACUAAAUUUUAGGAAUACGACUGUAAAACCGAGGUAAAAUCGGGAAAAAUGUGGUGUGAAUUCAUUUGCUCAACUUCAUCCAAUUUCUGGUAUUCGUACGCGGAAUAUGCUGGUUUCGGCAUUUUCUUCACUGUCAUCUCUGGAGUUUUGUGGUUUUGGAGACGUGGAUUUUUAAAUUGGAUUUGA